AAAGGAGGAAGGGGAUUUUUAAUAAAAAAUGAUCAUUUGUAUUUAUUUGAUUUGAUUUCGAAACCAUUUUAUUCAAACGAUUAUCGUUGUCUAAAAUUAAUAAAAACAAUAUGAAUUUAAUAAAAAUGUUGCAUACUCGAACCCUUAACCUUGCUUAUAAUGCGCUCAAAAAUGUCAAGAAAGUGGCUUUUUCAAGUGAUACCACCAACAACAUGGAUACAACCUACAUGGAGAUUCCUCUUUAUGAUGUUGAGAAACAACAACCGCUGGAGAAACGUAAAGCAAGAUUGCAUUACCAAUCGCGAAAAAGAGGAAUGUUAGAAAACGAUCUUCUACUCAGCACUUUUGCGAAGAAGUAUUUGAAUGGUUUUAAUGAAAAACAGACUAUGAUGUACGAUCGUCUCAUAAACUCACCCAGCAACGAUUGGGACAUAUUCUAUUGGAUAGUUGAAAAGAAGCCAACUCCUAAAGAAUUUGACAAUGAAAUUAUGGACCUUCUCAAAAAACAUGCUAAAAAUGAAGAUAAAAUUGCACUCCGACAACCCGAUCUACAUUAAAACGAAAAUGUAGUGUUAAAAGAAUAAAUUUGUUUCGUUGAUUAGUUAUUAUAGCGUUAGUUGCUUGUUGUUCAGUAUUUUAUUUAAUAAAAAAAUAAAGGAUUGAAUAUAAAUUACAUUAUCGCUAAAAUUAUUUUAUUUCUUAUAAUGAAGGUUAAUUACAUAUCUGCUUGAAAACUUGCUAAUAUUUAGUUAUCAGCUCAUUGACGUAAUUAUAUAAAAAUGUAUUUAACGAGUGUUUGAACACGAUUUCAAACGCACAGAAGUCUGUCGUCCAUAUAAAUUACUUAUAUAAAUAGAUCUUUAAUAUGUACUGUUUUCAUGAAUAUAAUAUUUAACAUCAAACGCAUAAAGCCUACGUCGUUCAUACAGCAGAGUUGUUCUUUUGUGUUGCGCGUGACGUAAAACAAACAUACAUUUUCUAUAAUAGUUCGCAAAUACUGAUGAAACAUAACGACUAAUUUCAUUGAUGUGCUCGAACCCGCAAACAGACAAACCCUUUUUAAUUUAUUAUAGAGAAAUAACAUCAUUUUUAUGGCUAUAACUCGACAAAAGAAAAUAAAUUUAAAAAAUUAUAUUAAUCUCUAUAUUCGUUUUAUGAUUUAAGAUUUAUCCAUGACUACAACACAGUAUCGAACUGAAUAAGGUACUAUGGUUUUGAAUUUGAUGUGGACAACAUUAUUAAAGUACCUAAUAAAUAAUUUUUAUUUUAUUUUAGUAUAGAUAUAGGAAUAGAAGAACGCACACAGAACGCUUAUACAGCAUUUAACAAUCAAAAUUUAAAGAUAAUUGAAUUCUUUUUGUAUUUUGUUAGUGUAUUUUCGUGCGUAAAUGAGUCUUUAUUCGCCAAAGAAAUUAACAUAUUCAUUUAAAUGUGUAUGAAGGCGGAUAGCAGGCUGACCCAAUAGACGUUACGAGCGACCCCACGAUUUAAAGGCAACGCUUUGCGCACUACGCUCGCUCCAUAAGUAGUUGUACAUUCGUCAAACUGCGCAUUCAAAUCACAAAUCCGAAAGAAUAUUGUAAACGCUAAAUACUUUAUUACGAUUAUGUUUUCACUGUAUUAUCAAUAGAAUUUUAUAAUUUAUGUUGAUUAUGAAUGGGUACAUCAAGAGGUCAGGCGCACAAUCUUAUCUUUCUUCGUUGUUUAAAUGUUUGUGCUUUAGAUCCAAUGAAGUCAGUUAACUUCAAGCGACUUACGAAAAUAGUUUAUGGUAACAGUGCUGUAAAUAUUUAAUCAUAAAAAAAGUACAAUAGUGCUCAGUGUGAUUAAUUAGUGUUUUUAAGUGCAAUCAGAUAUACUAGUGAAUUUUAAAAUGCCUAUUAGACGUAGCCAGGUAAGAGUUAUUCUUCCAAUUAUCAAUUAUUAACAUUUAUUCUUUGAGUAAAUUAAACAUGAAUAUUAAUUGUAUUUGAUUAAUUAAUUGUGGUACAAUGGGUGCUAAUUUUUUUAAGGUAAAUAUUUAGAAAGUACACGUCAUAUUGAGUUACUUUUUUUGUAGUUGAGAAAAGUCACACGAAGAUAACUUUGUAACUAUUUCUAUUUAGAAAUCAUAAGAAAAUAUGAAAUAAACAGAAGAAGCAGUGGU